AUCUGCAUAACCUCUAUAUGCAAAGUGUUUUGGUAAUGAUCUUUACCUAUUAACAAAGAGUCAGUAUGUUGGCUAGUAAAGUUGCUCUUAUCACUGGGGCUGCUCAAGGCAUUGGGCUGGCAGCUACUAGACUUCUGCUUAAAAAUGGAGCAAAGGUAAGCAUGCUGGAUGUCAAUGAGAUUGUUGGCAAGAGCUCCUGUUCCUCCCUUCAAAAAGAGUUCUCCUCAAGUGAUGUAAUGUUUACUAUGGUGGACGUGACCAAGAGCAAAGACCUGGCAGCUGCAUUUGAGCGAACCAAGCAAAUGUUUGGAGGACUGGACAUUGUGCUCAAUAAUGCUGGCAUUGGAAACGAGCUCAAGUGGAAGAAAAUGAUUGACAUCAAUCUGGUGGCGGUGAUUGAGGGCACAAGGCUGGGGGUGGAGCACAUGUCCACUAGCAAUGGGGGUAGAGGAGGCACCAUUAUCAACGUUGCUUCAAUGGGAGGCCUCAUUGGUAUGACCUUUGCCCCCGUGUACUGUGCGAGCAAGCACGGUGUGGUGGGGUUCAGCAGGAGCUUGAGGGAGUUGGCGCAGAGUGACGGUAUAAGGGUCAACUGCAUCUGUCCUGAGUUUGCUGACACAGCCAUCGUUAACGACAGCAUGAUUGGAAUGAAUGAGGAGACAAAAGCCCUCGUGAAGAGCAUUGGAUUAUUAACUCCUGAGAAGGUGGCUGAAGGCAUUCUGGAGCUGGCUACAGACACCACCAAGGCUGGGGCAGUAAUGACAGUCACCCUCAGGAGAGGAAUGGACUAUUAUAGAAUGUUAGGUGAUCCGAAGGUCACUAAGGCCAAACUGUAGUAAUGUUACUUCGUUUUUUUAAUUUCCUAGAGUGCCUAGAGUGUUUUUAAUUAAUGAUGGAUUGUUGUUUCAAA